CUAAUUAGAGACAUGAUAUCAGCUAGUGAAAUGACAGACUAUGAAACUCGAGCAUGCGUUGAAGCGAAAUAUGCUGCCCUACGCUGCAAAAUUACUCAUAUAACUGGAAGACAAAGAGAGGAAAUAGAAGAUCUUGUGAAGUCAACUAUUGAAGGGCCAUCCCAAGACCUGAGGAUAUUAAAUGUUUUUGAAGUGUGGAGACAAGCAGAGGACCUAGACUUCCGUCAUGAUCUUGAUGGAAAGCAACUUCUGUUUCACUCAUCAAAGGUGGAGAACUUUGUAGGAAUAUUAUCCAGAGGCUUGCUUUUGCCUAAGGUUGUUGUUGAUGAUUUUGGAGGUAAACGAAGUGAUGCAGGGAACCUCGGAAGUGGUAUCUACUUUGCCAAUUCUGCCAGCACAAGUGUGAAGUACUCAUCUCCAAGUAAAAUCAAAGGCUCUCGUUUGCUGUUGAUAAAUGAAGUGGCACUUGGACACAGCAAAGAUUACACAUGUCAUGACACCACCCUGGUGGCACCACCUGGUGGAUAUAACAGCACCCAUGGCAUCAGCAGGAAGAGAGAGGAAUCAUCAGAGUUUGAGCAUGAUGAGUUUGUGGUAUAUGCAGUCAAUCAACAAAGAGUUCGCUAUCUGGUAGAGUUUACCAUCAGAGGGGAUGUGGUUAAACCUGUGGAAAUAAUUAACAAGAUUGACAAUAAAAUAGCUCAUGAAGCUUUGGAAACUGCAACUACUGACGAUGUUAUGGGACUUGAUGAUCCAUUGUCGAAGAUUAAGCCAGGACUUAUUAGUACCGAAGAUGCUGAAGUUAAGCUCUAUGGUGUUCACAUUAGGGCCAGACUUAUUGAUUUAGCUGGCCAGGUUGUGAUUCUUCAAGAAUAUUGCAACAAUAGUCAGAAGGCAAUAGAAGCUAAAUAUGUAUUUCCUCUUGAGGAUACUGCUAGUGUCUGUGGAUUUGAAGCCUUCAUUAAUGGCAAGCACAUUAUUGGAGAAGUGAAGGAGAAAGAGACAGCACAUAAAGAAUACAAGAAAGCUAUCAGUGAAGGUCAUGGAGCAUAUUUGAUGGAUCAGGACGUAGAGGCACCGGAUGUUUUUACAGUCAGUGUUGGAAACCUGCCCCCUGGUGCCACUGUUCUCAUCAAGAUCACUUACGUGGCAGAGUUACAAGUUGAGGGAGACAACAUUAGUUUCUCAUUGCCUGCAGCUGUUGCACCCUGGAAGGAAACUUCUGCUCUCAAACAAUCUACACAGGAUGAACUGAGCAGUUAUAAAAUGACUCUCUCAAACACUACAGUACAAGUCGCUGUGGAGAUGCCUUUUGAAAUAAAAAAUCUUCACUGCCCAACUCACAAAAUAAGAGUAAAGCAAACAGCAUGUAAAGCUUAUGUAGAGAUGAUGAACCACCAGACUUUUGGUUCAGGGUUCCAACUUCUGAUCAGUUUGGCUGAGAUCCAUGUCCCACGGAUGUGGGUGGAGAGUCAUCCUGUAAACACUGACCAUAGGGCUUGCAUGCUGACAUUUUACCCAGAAUUUGAGUCAGAGGAAGUUACAAAUGGGGAAAUCAUUAUUAUCUUAGACACAUCCAACUCCAUGAAGGGAAGUGCAUUGCUGGAAGCCAGAAAGGUGGCUUUGCUCAUUUUACAAAAUGUUCCGCUUGCAUGGCAUUUCAAUGUGGUGAGGUUUGGAUCAGACUAUGAAGAGUUGUUUGCUGCACCAAGGAUUAACAAAGAAGAAAACAUGCAGCUUGCCAUAAGUUUUGUACAGAAUUCUGUGGCAAAUAAAGGCAACACAGAUGUCAUCAAACCACUGCGCUCUCUGUUCCUACUACCUCGUUCUGAUGGUCAGAGAAAUGUUUUUCUGAUUUCUGAUGGUCACAUCAACAGUGAUGAACUAGUCCUACGCUGUGCCAACCAAAACUCAAUGCAUACUCGUGUGUUUUCUUUUGGUAUCAGUACUACCUGUAACAGAUACUUCCUGAAGGCUCUCUCGCGUGUCUCAGGUGGAUCAUUUGAGUUCUUUGACACUAAAACCAAGUCAAAGUGGGAACCUAAGGUAAAGAGUCAGAUCAUCAAGGCUUGCCAGCCGGGCUUGACUUCAGUAGCAGUGGAGUGGCAGCAGUAUGACGAAAAUCUGCCCAUGCCUGUACAGGCACCACGACAAAUUACUGCCCUGUUUAGUGGAUCUCGACAAAUUGUCUAUGGUUUUGUGGCUAACUGUACAAUGGCGACUCUCAAGGCAACAGUUGAUGGACAGGAAGUAUCUACGGUUGUUUCCACUUCAGAUCUGUCUGUCACAGAAGGUUUGCUAGUACACCGACUAACUGCCAGAGCUGUAAUCAGGGACUGGGAAGAUGGGGUUCUCUCCAAUGACAGGACACAACAUGAGAUGGCCAAAAUGGACUUGAAGAAUUACAUUAUUGACUUGAGCAAAAAGUAUUCAAUAGUGACACAGUUUACUAGCUUCAUUGCUGUAGAGAACAGAGUGGAA